GUUCCCUUUUUUUAAAUAAAAUAUACAUAUAAAUAUUUGUUUAGCUGACUUCACAAAAAAAGAUAAAAACUAAAAUUUUAUGUAUAACAUUUAAAUAAAAUUUUGUUAAUGUUCAAGAGCUAGCAUUGAGUGAUUACUUGUUUGGAUAGACUCUUCUGAAUUAUGAUAAGCCUUAUAGAAAAUGGAUGAAUUUUUUAAUUGUUGCGAUCCAAAUGAUGAGAAGGGAAACUUUCACUGAAAGGCAAGUGACACAAAAUAUAUUGGCUUGACUAGAGUGAAGUACUGUCCUGCAUCCAAGUGAUCAGGUGUCAAUGUUUUGCAGGUCAUGGUCGCACCGUAGAGUGCUUUGUUAAUUUUUAAUGUUAUGACAGUUCUACUUUCCAGAGUCUGACACAUUUUCAUCACUUCAUUUGGCGAUUUUGCACAAUCAGCUGAUUUCAGUUCGAGUCUUUUCUGUACCAGCUUUGGUGUGCUUGGACUGUGGAUGGCUCAGGUUGCUUCAGAACAGGUAAUGCUAUCCAGAAGUGACCCCCAUCCAUGGAAUUGCUGUUUGAUACUGGACUGCAUAAAUCAUUUUUGUAAAUUACACCUAAAGAGAUAGCAAAUGGCCCCUGUGUUGCGUUCAGAACCACAAAGCGAAUUCAGGUCCCCCCGUGCCGUGCAAAGUCCCCUGUGUAGUUUUCCAGAAACUGGACCCGGGUGCUGAUGAAUAAAACAUCCUCCCCAAGGGCGACGGGCAGAUCUGUUCCCCUGUAGAUGGAUCAGCUGUAUAGGCACCAUGUAGUCACAGCCAAGAUCCACACUGAGAUUGUACAGGCAGCAUGUUAAACGCCGGGCAGCACCACGAGGUCCUGGGGCACGACCCGCACCAAGAACCCGCCGCGCUCUUUGGGAAGCCCUGGUUCUGGCAGCGCAGCAGCGGCGCCAUGGAGGGAACCCGCACCUUGGCCCGUGUCAUCAUGGAGAUGCGGGAGGAGAUCAGGAAGUUAGAGCAGAACCGAGUGCUGACAAAGGACCAGGAACAAGACCAGGAGCAGACACAGGAAGGGGUUUUAGAGGAAGAGCAUGAAAACCCAAGUGGGAAUCUCAGGAGAAAUGCAUCUGCUCCCAUUCUAAAGCGACAAUUUAAGGAAUGUGAAGGUAGCUAUCAUCAUUUAAAAAAAAAUUAUAUAUACUUUCAACCCAUCACUGCUAUCUUGCAUGUCUUUUCCCCCUCAGAAAAUGUCAUGACAGUUCGAAGGUAUUCCAGGAGCUCAAGCACACCUGGGAUGACACAGACCAAGGGUAUAGUGGACCCCUGGGAACGACUGAGCCACUUUGGAUGGGGGCGUCUACAGGAGGAGGUCCGGGGAGGAAAUGGCAACCCGGAUCACUCUGUCAGCAGUGACGUGGCCUCAGCGAAAAACAGGACAUCCCUUCAGGAAUGUGUGCAAAAGACUAGAGCCAAAGUGAAAACAGUCACAUUUCUUCUACCAGUGGACGACAUCUACACCAGCAAACCAGUACUGUCCAAGCCUCAGGAGCCCACAACCACCAAGCUGACCCCCAUAACUGAUACCGAGUCGUGAGAGGAACAAAAGUGGCCACUUGCAUGAAGACGAUUGUAGGAACUCUAAAUGAGGUCACAGUCUUUUUUUUUUUUUCUUCUAAGUCACCUUAAAUUGCUUUGGGUGUUCACGAAUCGAUUUGAUCACAGCGGUGCAACAUAAGUAAUCGGCGUCCAGUUACACACCGAUGUUGAGACAUUUGCACACAUGAUCACAUGUGCUGUGGUCAAGUGUUUUGGAACCUCACAGGAGACUGACCCAUUUUUUCUUACAGGCACUUUAAGUCUAUGACCGAUGUAUUAUUCAUUCACUCUUUUAAAUUGAAAUGAGAGGGGCUCACGUGUGGCACCUGCGGGACACAACAUUAAGUACACUUGCACAAUAGUGGUGCUUUGUUUUUUUUUUGUACAAUUUUGAAGACUAUCACAGCUAAAAGCCCAAAUUGACAAAUUUAAGAAAAUAGAAUAUUAUAUAGGAAACAAUCCAAAUAAUUACUCAUAAAUUAAUAUAUGUAGGUUUUUAAAUUGACCUAUGAAA